UCUCAUACCUUCCCAGAAGCCUCAGCGGUGCUAACUGCUAAACUCAAAAUGUUACUUCACUAAUCCGUGAACCUGCAGCGGAAAGCAGAAGCACAGUAGCUGGUGGGCUCCUGCAUCCUCACGGAGAGCUGUUAACGGCUGAAGAGGACCCUCAAAUGGGAUGUUGUCUCUGCACCUGCUAUACAAGGACACACACUGCUUGCGCUGCUAAAGUCAAUAUUUAAUCACAAUGCCACCGAGAGAAGGAUAGCAGUUGGCUUAUUUUAAUCCUUGGAGCUGGUUUGGGGCUGACGCUUGAUUUAUAAAAAAAAAAAAAAAAAAAAGCUGCUGUGACUCCUAGCCAAGUUUGUUUUCUUCUUUUUGAUUUGCACUACGACGGUUCUAUGUGCAAACAGUUAUGGCAUACAAAGUCAUCUGAGCAAAAGGUUGCUGACUGGCUGUGCAGGAAGAUUAAAGUUUGCUGUGGGGACUGGACCAAGAGAGCAGAUCUACAGCAACAACAGUUAUGCUACAGGGACACUAGUCUCACUAUUUGUGCCCCUACUGUGUACUUUUUUUUCCUUCAACUUCAUUGGUUUGAAUGGUUGAGCACAAGGGCCAUUUUGAAGGAGACCACCGGUGGCUGUGGUUUUGGGCAGAGCUGACAGACCUUUUGCCAGCAUUGCUGCUUUAGAAGCUUCUCCACAGCCUCUACUGCAGUAGCCUCCUGUCAUUGUGAUCUCCGGUAUGGUGAGUGGAGGCUGCAGGCAUCACAGCUUCUAUACUGGCAUAUUUGCUUAGUUUCCAUUAUUACUUUUCCAACCGAAUUCCAGUUUUCUUGGACCUUUUGCCCUUGCUGUUGAAAACAACUCCAUAUCAAGUCAAGGUCAUUUUGUUUUAACUCCUGAGAGAAAAGGACUGCUUCAGAGGAGGAUGAAGCUGAGGAAACAAGUGACAGUCUGCGGAGUGGCCAUAUUCUGUGUGGCUGUGUUUUCACUUUAUCUGAUGUUGGAUCGAGUCCAGCAUGACCCUGCAAGGCGACAGAAUGGAGGAAACUUUCCACGGAACCAAAUCUCAGUCCUCCAGAAUCGGAUAGAGCAGCUUGAACAGCUCCUGGAGGAGAACCACCAAAUAAUCAGCCACAUAAAGGACUCUGUGAUGGAGCUCACAGACACAGGAGCUGUGUCUCCCAGUGGCCACCUGCCGUUCAGAAGUGCCAAUGGUUCCUGGGUCCUACCAUUCGACGGUCGACCAACUUUCCUUGCUGUAAAACCUCAGGAUUGCCAGUUUGCUGUCGGCACCCGUACUCAGACAGAUGUACAGAUGCUGGAUGUGUACUCCCUUCUCAAGUUUGACAACCCUGACGGAGGUGUGUGGAAGCAGGGUUUUGACAUUACUUAUGAACCCGAUGAGUGGGAGACUGAACCUCUGCAAGUAUUUGUGGUUCCUCAUUCUCACAAUGAUCCAGGUUGGGUCAAGACUUUUGACAAGUACUUCACAGACCAAACGCAACAUAUUUUAAACAACAUGGUUGUGAAGCUGGCAGAGGAUCCUCGCAGGAAGUUCAUCUGGUCAGAGAUUUCAUUCUUCUCCAAGUGGUGGGAGACUGCAGAUGUCUACAAACAGGAGGCCAUGCGCAAGCUGAUUCUCGGAGGACAGCUAGAGAUUGUCACAGGAGGCUGGGUGAUGACGGAUGAAGCCAACGCUCACUACUUUGCUAUGAUAGAUCAGCUCAUUGAGGGGCAUCAGUGGUUGGAGAGAAAUCUGGGUAUAAUUCCUCAAAGCGGGUGGGCAGUGGACCCCUUCGGUCACAGUGCCACCAUGGCCUAUCUGCUGAAGAAGGCCAAUCUGACCAGCAUGCUGAUCCAAAGGGUACACUACUCCAUUAAGAAACACUUUGCAUCUACCAGAAGUCUGGAGUUUAUGUGGAGGCAAGCAUGGGACACGGGAUCCAGCACAGACAUGUUUUGCCACAUGAUGCCCUUCUAUAGCUACGAUGUGCCUCACACCUGCGGCCCUGAUCCGAAGAUCUGUUGCCAGUUUGACUUCAAGAGAUUACCAGGAGGUCGGAUCAACUGUCCCUGGAAAGUGCCGCCCAAAUCCGUGGUGGAGGCCAAUGUAGCAGAAAGAGCACAGUUGCUUCUGGAUCAGUACCGUAAAAAGUCUAAACUCUACCGCAGCAAGGUUCUUCUGGUUCCACUAGGAGAUGACUUCCGCUAUGAUAAGGCCCUGGAGUGGGAUCAGCAGUAUACCAAUUACCAGAAGCUUUUUGAUUACAUGAACUCUCAACCUGAGCUGCACGUUCAGGCUCAGUUUGGGACUCUAACAGACUACUUCAAUGCUUUGUACAAAGCCUACGGAGUGCCCCAGGGAUCCAGACCUGGUGACUUUCCUGUCCUUAGUGGGGAUUUCUUUGCCUAUGCAGACCGUGAGGACCACUACUGGACGGGUUAUUACACCUCUAGACCCUUUUACAAAAGCUUGGACCGUGUGAUUGAGUCGCAUCUCAGAGGAGCAGAGAUUCUUUACAGCCUGGCCGUUGCAAACGCUCGGCAUGCUGGUAUGGAGGGACGCUACCCAGUGACUGAUUAUGCUCUGCUGGUAGAUGCGAGACGGUCGGUCGGCCUCUUCCAGCAUCAUGAUGCUAUCACCGGCACUGCGAAGGAGAAUGUUGUCAUCGACUACGGUACCAAAUUACUGCGUGCAUUAAUCGGCCUGAAGAGAGUCAUUAUCAAUGCUGCUCAUUUCCUGGUGAUGAAGAACAAAGAGUUUUAUCGUUUUUACCAGACCGAGCCCUUCCUGGAGACGGAUGAUAGACGUGCGACUCAGGAUUCUCUGCCUCAGCGCACUUUAAUCGAGCUGGACCCAGCAGGACCAAGAUACCUGGUUCUGUUCAACCCCAUCGAGCAGGAGCGUCUCUGCGCCGUCACCGUGUUGGUGAACACGGUCAGGGUGCGGGUGCUUACUGAGGAUGGACAGACUCUGCCUGUGCAGCUGAGCGCUCAGUGGAGCUCUGAUACUCAAAUGAGUGCCGAAGUAUUUGAGGCAACAUUCAUGGUCCGUCUACCACCCCUCGGUCUGGCUGUUUUCCACCUUUACGACUCUGCUGACUCACACAUGACGAUUCGCUCCGACACUCUGCUCAGGCUGUCAGGGCGUGGCGUGGCUGCUCGGGCUUUGGACCCUCUUCCUGUACGCUCUCAGCCAGCUGAUUCUCAGACCUUUUACAUUAGCAGUCAGACACUGACUUUGGGUUUCUCAGGAACCACUGGCCUGCUGGAGAGUAUUAGGCGUAAGGAUGAUCCUCAGGAGGUUAAGGUUCAAAUGCAGUUCAUGAUCUACGGCACACGACCUUCAAAAGACAAAAGUGGAGCUUACCUCUUCCUGCCGGAUGGAAAACCAAAGCCAUAUAACCUGAAAGAACUACCUGCAGUGCGUGUUGUUGAAGGGCCUCUUUUCUCGGAGGUGGUGGCACAAUACCAGCACUUUGAGCAGACUGUCCGAAUACACAACGUGCCAGGGGUGGAUGGUUUAUCUGUAGACAUCACUAUAAUGGUGGAUAUCCGAGAUCAGACCAAUAAGGAGCUGGCCAUGCGACUGGUCACCAACAUCCAGAAUGGAGACGUCUUCUACACAGACCUCAACAGCUUUCAGAUACAGCCCCGUCGAUUCUACCAAAAGCUUCCCUUGCAAGGCAACUUUUAUCCGAUGUCCAGCCAGACGUACAUCCAGGACAGCCACCACCGCCUCACGCUGCACACGGCUCAGUCUCUGGGCGUCUCCAGUCUGGAGAGUGGUCAGCUUGAAGUGAUUAUGGACCGGCGACUGAUGCAGGAUGAUAAUCGGGGACUGGGUCAGGGUCUCAAAGACAACAAGAAGACGGCGAAUCGUUUCCGCCUGCUGCUGGAGAGGAGAUCCAUGGGUAACAUGAUGAUUGACAGCGGGACAACUAGCUUCCCAUCCAUGGUCAGUCACGUGACCAAUGCCCUGCUCAACCACGAGGUCCUGGCGCUGCCUGUUCUGCCCAAAAGACGCGGCGUGCCUCCUCUUCAAACGUUCGCACCGCUCAAGUCCGUCCUUCCCUGCGACAUCCACCUGCUCAACCUGCGCAGCAUCCAGACUCAGAAAGACCCCCAGUUUCCGUCUCCUCACACUGCCUUGAUCUUACACCGUCUGGCGAUGGACUGUGGUUUUGAGGGUCAAAACCUCGGCUUCAACUGCACCACAACGCGGGGACAGAUUAUUGUAUCAAAUCUUUUCAAGAAUCUUGACUUGCAGCUGCUCCAGCCCAUGUCCCUGACCCUGAUGCAUUCCAGCACGCCUUUGGCCAACGACUCCACCAUCAGCCUGGACCCUAUGGAGAUAUCUGCCUUCAAGCUCAAACUGCGUUAGGAGCCGCCCGGAUCGAAAACCGUAAACACACAUCAGACUAGUGAGACCAAGAACCAGGGUCUGGGUUUCCCUGUGUUGUUGAGCUGAACUCGGAGAAACAGGGUCCACUGUAACAGGCCUGAUUUAACUGCAGGGGGCAGACAACAGCUGCUGCUGCAGAAUCUAAGGGUACGCAGCAAAACUUAAGGUGAAUUUGAAACCGUUCCAUAUCUGGGGAAAGACUGCGAGCAUUUCUCAUCAGUUGAAGAUGUGUAUCAACAAUCAGAUAUGAAAUUGCUUUCUGUUCUGCUAUGUAAGGUCUUUUUUUUUUUUUUCUAUCUUUUCUCCUUCUGGACUGAACUACUGAAUGUAAAUAUCCCAAAUGACUGUGGAGGUGGCCUGGGACUGGUGCCACAUCAGAGUGCAAUUUUUAGAGCUUUAUUUGGUGUCUGGGCUUAUUAUUUUUAUUUUUUUUUUAAUUUUCAAAUCUGGGAGAAAAUUGAUCAUCAGCAUAUCAUUUUUGUACCAAUCAGUCUAAUGUUGUAGUUUUUUCGCAGCAAUCAGAAUGUGUGGUCUUGUUCCAAGGCCUGAGCUGCAAAUCCUUACGCUGCGAGUCCCAUGAGUGCCCACCGUUCUCAUUAAUCACAAAGGACGACUCCUCCCCUGCCGUCCUCACAUCGUGCUUGUAGAUGGUCCGCAGAUUUCCCUCUUGUCCUUCACAGUUGAGAAAAAUGUGCAGGGUCCCACAUUGUGUCGAUCAUUCUCGAGCUUGUAGCAAACCAUAUGCAGUAGAUUAAGCAAAAGACUAUACCUCAUGUAUACUAAACAGCAGAUACAUUAUGUAUGUCUGAAGGUUGGUGAUGGUUGAUCAUUUUUGGGGUGGGAGUAUACUCUAUCAGGGACCAGUCAGUACUUUUGGGUGUCAUUAAUUAUUAUGAAUAAAUAUGCAUCAGAGGGCUAUAUUGCAAGAAUGAAGUUUGCAUCCCUUCAUUCCAGAAAUGAAGGAGCUAGUCUUUGAAAAUGAUGAAAACAGAAGAAGUACCUGCAUCUGGUGGUACAGGAUUAUAUAGUACAACUGGAACAACCCUUCAUGCUGUAGGGACUAAAUGUCUAAAAUCAGGUACUGCUUUGUUUGAAUAAAUAUUAUUAGCUCUCCUAAAAAUAUUUAUUUGAAGGCAAAUCACAAUUUUCAAAGCAAAAACCAUCUAUAUUUGAGAUGGAUAGUUUUAUUUUUGAUUAACGCAUUGGAAUAGACCAAAAUCUAAUCUUACCCUGAAUGUGUAAUUUUCUGCCAUAUAAGUCACAGCUCAUAUGCCCCAGAUGUGACCAGAAAACAGUUUCUACACUUCUUAAUGUAAAAUGUACAUUUCAUUAUUUCAUUGUUUUGUUAUUUCUAUAAACAAACUGGAUUUCUUGACUCAGAAGAUCACAAUGUGUCAGUAUGUCGUAAGGAUAUUGAACACAGUAAAAGUCUGUAUGAAAAUGUUGUUCUCCUUAUGUUUAAUACCACUUUUUCAAAACAA